ACCUUCACUCAUUCAUUCUCCUUCAAAUCGAACACUACAAUUUCCCAACAAUUCGUUUCAUCAACGAUGGAAGAAGCUUUGCAAAGUGUUGAAAUACCAAAAUUCGGAUAUAUCAGACGCUAUCAUUGCCAAAGCCAAUACCGUGGUAUCUAUAGAUCCAAAAAAACCCUAAUUACCUCACAUGUCAAUUAAGAACAGAAGGUAUUAUUUUUCUUGAAAUUCAAUCUUUCAUCAAUUGUGUAUACCAAAUGGGUCUGUUGAUUUCUUAAAACUUCAACAUGAUUUAGUUUUAUGGAUUUGGGGGUUUUUUAAUUAGGUUUAAGAGCACAUCAAUCCCUAAUAAUUUCUGGUCAUGGUGAGAAAGAAGGAAGGGAUGAAUUUUGCAUAUUCUAACCGUGACUAACUCAUUCCAGAACACUUUUUUAACUGUUCCGGGUUACAUUUGUUACCGGAAGACUUAGGGAAAAGUGUUCCGAAAAAAUGUGACAUUUAGCCACGGCAUAACCGUGGCUAAAUAUUCAAAACUCAUUUUUUUAAGUUUGAUGUAAGGGGUAAAAUAGGAAUAUUGGUUAGUUUGUAGGGGUAAAGAGAUAAAUGUUGGGGUAUAAAAAAAAAAAUUUCCGAAAUUGUUAGCAAGUCGGGUAAUGGUAAACCGAAAUUGUGGGGACCCAUACCCACAAAACAAAACCCAUCGUUAAACGUUAAACCCUUCUUCACAAAAAACAACCUUUGCGUUUUGCAGCAAUUUCAUUCAUCUUAGGAACACUCUCAAAAUUCUACGAUGAAUCGCAUGAAAGCAAUAACCACUUCCCUCAGAUUCCUCAACUCAUCACUCGCUACCCGAGUUCUCGCAACUCGGAACCAGGUGACUCACUUUUCUUCUUCCUCUAUUUCACUCCCUCUUUUGAAUCGCUCAAACGAUCUAUUUCGUUUUCACAACAAUCACCAAAAACACUACUUUUCUUCAAAACCAAACUCAAUUUUAGAGCUUGUUUUUACCAAUGAUUGGUCCGAAGAGUUAGAGAAGAGUUUAGAAAAUUGUCGUGAAUCGUUAACCCAUGAAACUGUUGUUUAUGUUUUGAAGCGAUUAGAUAAAAACCCACAAAAAGUUUUUACCUUUUUCAAUUGGGUUAGUGAAAAAGAAUGGUUUUUGGCUAGUUCUUCAGUUUAUAGCUUAGUUCUUAGGGUUUUAGCGAGUAAUAAGAAGAUGAAAGAGUUUUGGAUUAUUCUUAGGACUAUGAAGGAAAAAGGGUUUUAUCUUGAUGAAGAAACUCAUUUGACAAUUUCAACUGGUUUUAAAAAGGAAAAGAUGAGUAGUGAUGUUGUUGCUCUUUCGCAUUUCUAUAAAGGGAUGCUCGAGCAAAAUGCUAUGCAGAGUGUUGUCACAAAGGUGGUUGGUAUUAUUUCAGGGUCUGAGUGGGAUGAUGAUAAGGUUGAUAAUGAAUUGGAGAAGGUUAAGAUUCAACUUUCGGAUAAUUUCGUGAUUAGGGUUUUGAAAGAGCUUCGUAAUUGUCCUUUAAAGGCGUACAAGUUCUUUCAUUGGGUUGGGAAGCAGUCUGGUUAUCAACAAAAUACUGUGACUUACAACGCAGUUGCUAGAGUUCUUACUAGGACAGAUUCGAUUGAGGAGUUUUGGAGUAUUCUUGAGGAGAUGAAGAGUGUCGGUCAUGAAUUGGAUCUCGAUACUUACAUAAAGAUAUCGAGGCAGUUUCAAAAGAAUAGGAUGAUGGAGGAUGCUGUCAAGCUUUAUGAGCAUAUGAUGGAUAGUUCAUAUAAGCCAUCAGUUCCGGAUUGCAUUAUGCUUUUAAAGAGCAUCUCUGCAAGCGAUAAGCCGAAUUUGGAUUUGGUUUAUAGGGUAGCUAAGAAAUUUGAGUCGACAGGGUAUACUCUUUCCAAGGCAGUCUAUGAUAGUAUCCACAGGUCUUUGACAAGUGUUGGGAAAUUUGAUGAAGCUGAAAAAAUUGUUGAGAUAAUGAUAAAUGCUGGCUAUGAGCCGGAUAACAUCACAUACAGUCAAACUGUUUUUGGACUUUGUAAGUUGAGGAGGUUUGAAGAAGCACGUAAGGUAAUUGAUGAUUUGCAACAAGUUCGCGGUUAUGGACCUGAUCUCAAAACUUGGACCAUCUUGAUCCAAGGGUACUGUAAUGCUGGCGAACUAGACGAAGCGUUACUUUGUCUCUAUAAGAUGAUGGAAACAAGUUGCCAACCAGAUGCUGAUUUGUUGGCUGUUCUGGUUGAUGGUUUUGUUAAGCAAAAGAGGGUAGACGGUGCAUACAAGCUGCUUCUAGAGAUAACUGGUACGUGUCGUAUAUGUCCAUGGCAAGCUACAUUCAAGACACUGAUCGAAAGUCUAUUAGGAGUCAGAAAAUUUGAGGAGGCACUUGACAUUCUCCGUUUGAUGAAGACUAAACAAUACCCUCCAUACCAUGUACCAUUUGUGUCGCAUAUUUCAAAGUUUGGGACCGUGGAUGAUGCUGCAGAGUUGUUGAAGGUAUUGGCUAUGAAAAAUUACCCAUCUCAGACAGUCUACGUUCAAAUUUUUGAAUCCUUAUUCCAAGAAGGUAGACAUUCAGAGGCCAAAGAUCUGUUGUACAAGUGUCCUCACCAUAUCCGGAAGCAUAGUAAAAUAUGUGAACUUUUUGGUUCAUCUGAGAGUCCAGUGGCCGAGAGUCCAGCGGCCGAGAGUCCGAUGGUUGCUACUUGAUCCCUAACUUUUUUUUUAUUUCUUAGUAUCUAUCUUGUAUUUUGUUACACUAAUAACUUUUAUCAAAGCUGUUUGGUGGAUUUGUCUUUGCAUUUGGAAAACCAUUAGGACAUGGUGUAUAAUGAUGUCAGUUAUGUUUAUUCUUGAAUUAAGAUGUUUUCAUGUAUUACCAGUAAUGUUAUCAUUGAUAAGUAUUUUUAAAAAGAUUUACACAA